AUGAACAGCUUCGUGAAUAUGGCAUCAAUAGGGGAGUUCGAUCCGUUGACGGCUGCCAUUCCCGCCACCAAAGUUGAAAUCACAGUCUCGUGCAGAAAUCUUCUGGAUAGAGACACAUUUUCCAAGUCUGAUCCAAUUUGUAUUCUGUACACUCAGACCAUUGGAAAUAGAGAAUGGCGAGAGUUUGGCCGAACAGAGGUGAUCGACAACACCCUAAACCCAGACUUUGUGCGGAAAUUCAUCCUCGACUACUUCUUUGAGGAGAGGCAAAACCUGCGUUUUGACCUGUAUGACCUUGACUCCAAGAGUGAAAACCUGUCCAAACAUGACUUCCUGGGCCAGGGCUUCUGCACGCUGGGCGAGGUGGUGGGUUCACUGGGGAGCCGCCUGGAGAGACCCUUGAUUGGGAUUCCUAGUAAGAACUGCGGGACCAUUAUUAUCACAGCAGAAGAGCUAGGUAACUGCAGGGAAUCAGUUCUGUUACAGUUUUGUGGAAACAAGCUGGACAAGAAAGACUUUUUCGGGAAAUCAGAUCCCUUCCUCGUUUUUUACCGCAGCCAUGUAGAUGGAACAUUCACCAUCUGCCAUAAAACAGAGGUGGUGAAGAACACUCUGGAUCCAGUGUGGCAGGCGUUUAAGAUUCCUGUCCGUGUGUUGUGCAAUGGAGACUAUGACAGGGAGAUAAAGAUUGAAGUGUAUGACUGGGAUCGAGAUGGCGGUCAUGACUACAUUGGGGAGUUCAGCACCAGCUACAGGGAGCUGUCCAAAGGCCAGUCUCAGUUUAAUGUGUAUGAGGUGGUAAACCCAAGGAAGAAGAAAAAGAAGAAGAAAUACAAGAAUUCUGGAACCGUGACAUUGCUGUCCUGCCUCGUGGACAUUGAAGUCACCUUCCUGGACUAUAUCAAAGGAGGAACCCAGAUCAAUUUUACAGUGGCAAUUGACUUCACUGCAUCAAAUGGUAACCCGUCCCAGCCUACCUCUCUGCACUACCUGAGCCCCUACCACCAGAAUGCCUACGCCAUGGCCCUGAGGGCAGUGGGCGAGAUCAUCCAGGACUACGACAGUGAUAAGAUGUUCCCCGCGCUGGGCUUCGGUGCAAAGCUUCCACCAGAUGGCAGGGUCUCGCAUGAGUUUGCCCUGAAUGGGAAUCCUGAUAACCCCUACUGCAGUGGAAUAGAGGGGGUGAUGGAGGCUUACUACCAGAGCCUCAAGUCAGUCCGACUCUACGGCCCCACUUACUUCUCACCUGUAAUCAAUCAUGUAGCCAGAUAUGCUUCCCUGGUGAGAGAUGGCUCUGAGUACUUCAUUCUCCUCAUCAUCUCUGAUGGCGUCAUCUCAGAUAUGGCACAAACGAAAGAAUCUAUUGUCAACGCUUCUUGUCUUCCAAUGUCAAUAAUAAUUGUUGGAGUAGGACCUGCUGAAUUUGAUGAAAUGAUUGAGCUGGAUGGAGAUGAAGUGAGAAUUUCAUCCAGAGGAAGAUUUGCGGAGAGGGACAUUGUUCAGUUCGUGCCAUUUAGGGAUUACAUCGAUCCCAGGGGCAACCACAUCUUGAGUAUGGCUCGUCUGGCCAAAGACGUCCUGGCUGAAAUCCCUGACCAGUUUCUGCACUACAUGAGAACCAGAGGCAUCAAGCCACAGCCUCCGCCCCAGUCCUACACCUCCAAACCCCCAUCAGUACCCAUGCAGACCCAGAUCUAAGGUCACAAAGACAAUCUCACCACUCUCUCUCUGUCCCGAUGCUUUGGACUAACAAAGGCAUUUUUACAUUGAUCAGAGGACUCAAGCUCUUAGUAGCAUCCUGAAAUUUGAAGAUGUUUACCAAGUUGCCAGACCAGGGAAAUAGAAAUGUUUUCCAGGGGUGUGAUCUUAAGGCUUCCUGCAAUGGAAAAGAUGUGAAAUUUCUUUUUUGAUCUUCCAUAGCUCCUCUGCAUUCAAAUGACAUCACACUGUUGUCACAAAUCUCUCUUGAGAAAAAAAUGUUUACAAUUGUACUGAUUUCUACUGAUGGUUAAUUUUAUACUUUUUCAUGCGAUAAGACGUGUUUUUUCAGAGGUUAUAAAUAUGUCAGCCCAGAGACUGAAGCUGCCAGGAGAGCGGAAACCUUUUGAGUUCUUUCUGUGUGAAAAUAGGCAUGUUAAAUGUGAUGCGCAUGCAGUGUCAUCUCAGACCGAGUUCUCCCUCCACUGAAACAUGUCACACUGACAUUGUGUCUGUGAGACCAACUGUAGCUCCUAGUCCAUACCUAAAUGCCUCAACAUGGGGGCAUCUUCUUCACCGUCUGGACAGCCUUAUCCUCAGCACACUCACUGACGCUGCUUAAAAGGAUAUGGUGACUGUGUGUCCAGGGCCCAGCUGUC